CUGUUUCUUCCAUAACUGACGGGAGAUGCAAGUGGCAGUAGUUAAAGUUGAGUUGAGUUGAGAAGCAGUGCAGAGAAUCUUUCACGGGCUCCUUGAACUUUGCUGGGGUCGAUCGUUGCGUUCUCAAUCGCCCUAUCGAUACCAUGGCGUCUCUACCAGCUCAUCAGACUCUGGGCAUCGUUAGGUUCGUGGCCGCGACCAUGAUUCUGCUCGUGUUCCAUCACCAUGUUGAAGCCGCUGCAGACAGCUGCGUGGUGAAAAGAAUGCUCAAGGCUGGUAUUCCUCCGAGCGACGCCAGGACGUAUGAGCGACGUGCUCUGUCCGGUAGGUUUUCAGAGAAGACGCUGAUCGCCAUACCUGCAGACGUCCUGGCGUUCAUCCUGAAGUCACCAAUGGGGCACGCACGUGCCAUUCAGCAAUGCAUACUGAAAACAUCGACAGCAUGUAAGAAGUAUUCGCCUUGCCUGAACGGUGGACAGUGUCAGCUAGCACUUUCCAAGAAGUCAUACGGUUGCAAAUGUGAUGUUCACUUCACUGGUGAUUACUGUGAGAAAGCACACCCUGCCUCCAGUCACGCCCUGCAGCAACUUAAAGAUACGGUUGUGCGUCUCCAGAAGAACGUGAAAGUGCUCCAGGAAAGAACGAAGUAUCAUGGCACAGGUUGUAAUCUUCGAACUCUUGGAUACAAGUAUCAGAGUCGGCACUCUAUCAACAAUGACCUGGAUGAAGGACAGAUUGCAUCAGUGACGUUCAGGAAGAAGUAUGCCAACACCGUACUGAAGUUGUCCUAUUCUGGAAAUAUACGCACAUUAGUGGCACACCAAACUGCACGUUGGUACUUCAAGAUCGACAAUAGGGAGUGUGAAAGACCCACUAAGAUUGAUAUAGUUUUGCGCCAGGGUGCCCUCCUUAACACCCACGUGCCAUCCUUACUAACCGGUAUCUGUGAGUCGACUAACAGUAAAGGAACUAACAUUGCAGUUGGAGAUCACACGAUUACUGUUCAUGUUGGAAGAGCUCUGGGCCAUGGCAAUGCUAACCCAUACACAGGUUUGACAUCCACCUCCAUUCUCGAGAUUCAAGAAAUGUGUCCACAAUUUUAACAUCCUACCGUAACGUAAGCACGUUGGCAAAAAGGCACAAUUAGUUACACAGUAUGAGAGCUGUGCUGGGGCACGCUGGUUUCUAUGCCACCACUUCUGUUUCUUUCUGUACAGCAUGCGUAGGGAGCCACCAACACAUUUCACGUUUUAGCACAACUUGUAAUUCUCCUUAUCCACCUCUUUUAUUCUUGUAAAGAACUUAGAAGCUCCAUUUUAGACUAGUCGACGUUGCAGAAAACCUCACUGCGCAGUCGAGUCCAGUCCUUGCCUACGGCAGUGCGCAUAGAAUUCCUCCAAACGUUCACCAAUGUGGGUAUCGUCACUUUCUUCCCUAACACCUUUGCCUUUUCACAUUGUAUGGUUAUGCUAUGAUUACCACCCCAAAUGCUAUGAUUACCACACCAAAUUUUUCAGUACUUGGAUUGUGUUCUACUCCUCCAGGAAUUGUAAAUUGUGUUUUGUUUUCCCGUAAAAACAGGUUCUGUUUUUUCUUUUCCUAAGUUGAUCCGGUAUCAACCGGGAAUUGCACACUAUGUGGCAGUGUCACACUUGUAGCGAUUCUCAAACCCCUCAAGCUUUUUUUUUACUAGAGCCACGUAAACCCGUCAUGUGUGAGCCAUGAAUAAGGGGAGUGGUGGCGUGGUCUGGGAUGCUCUGCCGACCUUGGGUCUCGGCUU